ACCACACAAAAUCAUGAAGAUCAUAAUCAAUACGAAACUCUGCAAAUUCACCAUAGACGUUAGCACCCAGGAGCCAAUCCUGGAAAUAAAAAACAAAAUCCAGGGGCUCUUGGGAAUCCCGGCCCAUUCCCAGACCUUGACGGUAUGGGACUGGGAGCUAAUCGACGGACUCGACCUAGAAGACUACCCGCUCAUCUCAGAUGGCACCAACAUCAACCUCUCUACCACGAGCGCCAAAAUGAAGAUCACUGUCAAAUUCUCAGCAAGGAAGAUGGAGGUGGAGGCGGAGCAGAGUGACACGGUGGGGAGGCUGAGGGAGAAGAUCCACAUGAUGGAGCGGACACCGAUGAGGAGGAUGGCGCUGUUGUUCAAUGGGGCGGAGAUGGAGGAUGAUUUGAGGAGUCUGCGGGAGUAUGGGGUGGGAGGGGGAGGGGAGGUGGUGGUGCUGAUGAAGGCGAUGGGGGAGGCGACGUCGAGGAGGGUGGCGGUGGUGGUGCAGACGUCGGCUAGCUUGAUGGACGGGGCGAGGAUUCCGGUGGAGGUGAAGGAUUCGAGUAGGGUUGGGGAGGUGAGGGAGAUGCUGGUGGAGAGGAAACUGCUGCCGUUGGAUGAGUAUAUACUUAUACAUAAGCAGAGGAUUAUGCGUGAGGAUUUUAGCCUGCGUUGGCAUGGUGUCGAGACUGGUGAUGUUUUGUAUGUUUUCAAGGGAAGUGUUAGCCGCGCCGGGAUCUAACCUACCCUAUUUUCUUACUUGAGGUUUCUUACUUGAGAUUAAUAGAAUAGAUAUGAAGGAUUGUUAAAUAAUUAAUCCCAAUUUUUGGGUUAUAAAUUAAUCAUGCAUUACAUUGAGUAGGAUACUAGAUUUAUUAACUUCCUUUAUUUAUAUUCUACCUAUUUCUUGGUAAACAUUAAUCUCAUACACGAUAUACAUAAUUCAAAUUCUGACACAAUACAACUAACCAACUAAUACUAAGUUGGAACCAAAAUGCCCUUAUACUAUUUUAUGGGAAUAUUAAUAUAUAUUUUGAUUAAUAAAAAAUAAGUGAAGAGUUGCUCAGAUGCACCGAUAUCUUCUCAUGAAUAAGAAGAAGGUGCAAUGGACCCAACCAUCACAU